AUGGAUGGUCUCUUGGACAAUUUGACAGCUCCAAUUAACUUAAAAGCAAAAGCUGUUGUUGCAGCUCACGAUAAAGAUAUCAAUUCUGUAGCUGUUGCUCCAAAUGAUAGUUUAGUAUGUAGUGGUUCUCAGGACUGCACUGCUUGUGUUUGGAGACUUCCAGAUCUAGUAUCAGUAGUUGUAUUUAAAGGGCAUAAAAGAGGAAUCUGGUCUGUGGAGUUUUCGCCUGUUGAUCAAUGUGUAGUAACAGCAUCCGGGGACAAAACAAUAAGGAUAUGGGCUAUAUCUGAUGGCUCGUGUUUGAAGACAUUUGAAGGACACACCUCAAGUGUGUUAAGAGCACUGUUUGUUACUCGUGGAACACAGAUUGUUUCUUGUGGCGCUGAUGGUUUAGUAAAACUUUGGACUGUAAAAUCAAAUGAAUGUGUUGCCACGUAUGACCAUCACGAAGACAAGGUUUGGGCCUUGGCUGUAGGCAGUAAAACAGAGCUGCUUGCAACUGGUGGUAGCGAUGCUGUUGUCAAUCUGUGGCUCGAUUCCACUGCAGCUGAUAAAGAAGAAGGUCGGUUGAUGGAGGCAGCUGAGUCAUAUCAAAAGAUGAUACGGAUGGGAUGCCAAUUGCAAGAUUUCAUCAGAAACCAGUAA